AUGAGAGCAAAUUUGGGUUCAGAGAGAGCAUCAGAUGGUCUAGACACCACUACACCUUCUCAAAGGGAACCACAAAAGCCAUCUCAUAAAAAGUGCCAGAAGCCCAAAGAGAACUUACUGAGGAGUCUUCGGAAAAGCAAAAACCUUAUGUCACUGCCCGUAUGUUCACAGAGUAAGGACACCCCAGAUGGUGGCCAAUCCCAGGUGCACACAACCAUCACUCGUACUCUAAGGGAAAGGCGGGCCAAGUCCCCACGAAGCCGCAGCAUGUGCUCAAACUUCCCAUCGCUUUCUGAAGAUGAUCAUAAGACAGGAGGCAAAGGAAAGAGGGAUACCUCAAGAGUUAUGUCCUUGAAUCACACAGUCAAGGAGAAGGGUGCAAGUGCUAAAGAUGGAGGUGUCCUCCCACCUUUGCCCCCAGACUUCCACCUCACUGUGCCCAAAGCUCGGAAGGAAAAAGCACGAGACACCUACCCACGGAUUCCGGCUGUCUCCUCUGAAUGCUCUGCCUCCAUGGGGAAUGUUGAGGACCAUGGAGAGGGUGUCUGGAAGCCAGGCUCGGAAGGUGCGGCGGCAUCCUCCAGUGCCCCUAACCAGAGGCUGUGUUAUUCACUCUCUCUGGCAAACAGAAAAAGGAAGCUGCAAGUCACAGAGUUUGAGAAAGAGCUGCAAGAACUUCAGCCUGCAGACAACUCAAAGGUUAUUAACCCCACCACCGCUGUGAAAAAGAAUGUCCGUGAAGAAAUGGGACAAGCCACAAGCCUGGGUUUCCCACAGGAACCCGGUCCCAUCGAAGGAGGAAUGAUGGUCUGGUUUAAAUUUCAAAAUCACCCAUUUUGGCCAGCAGUGGUAAAGAGUGUCAGCCAAGCAGAGCAGACUGCAAGGGUGCUUUUGAUUGAGGCAAACAUGCCCUGUGAAAUGAGUGGCAUUCGAGUUCCUCUUCGAAGAUUAAAGCACCUGGAUUGUCACGAGAAGGAGAAACUAAUAAGGAGAGCCAAGAAAGGGUACGAGCAAGGUGUGAACUGGUGCUUGUCCCUGAUUGCCCACUACAGAGAAAGGCUCACGCGCGGUUCUUCUGUGGGCUCUUUCCUGGACUAUUACGCUGCCGACACCAGUUACCCAAUUAGGAAAGCCAUCCAAGACGGGGAUCUGGAGAUUGAUUUCCCAAAGGUGAAUUAUGCCGACCUGGAAGAUUCUGAGGAGGAGACCUCCGUGGAUGCGAAGAGGCCCUGCAAGAAAAUUCUCCCUGACCGGAUGAAGGCUGCUCAGGACCGAGCCAACCAGAAGCUAGUGGACUACAUCGUCAAAAGAAAGGGGGCUGAUCACCAUCUUUUGGACAUUGUCCAAGGCAGGAAACAGUCUAAGUGGCUGGCAUCAUUUGAGAAUUCAAGCAAGUACGUGAUCUGCGUUGAAACAUACCUGGAGGAUGAAGACCAGUUGGAUGUGGUGGUAAAACAUUUACUAGAAGUCUACAAACAAAUAGACAAGAAGGCCCUGAAUCUGGUAAGGGAUGACAAAGUGAGUUUCGUUCUGGAAGUUCUUCUGCCAGAAGCAAUCAUUUGUUCGAUUGCUGCACUUGAUGGGUUAGAUUACAAGGAGGCAGAAAAAAAGUACCGCCAGGGGCCACCUGUGCACUACCGGGAAAAAGAGCUAUUUGAUAAAAAUAUCCUAAAGGAAAUGAGAAAGAGAUCAGCAACAAGGAGCAAGGCUAAAUAACCCCCUGUGCCCACACUAUAG